CGUUGAACAAUCAAAGGUCGACGGGCUCGAGCCUGAUUUUCCAAAAAAACCGUAGCGCGGCCUGUUAUGCACCUUAGUUGCGUGGAUUAAAAUCGGACCUAUAUAUUCUAUCGGGCCGGGUGAAAACCGCGAUUUCCAUAAGACAUGCGGGAAAGCAAUUGAUUUUUCACUUGACGUUUCAGUGUGCUUUUGCGAACGAGAGACACAGAAAAACUUUUCAGCUUCGCAGCAAUGGCCGAUGAGGACUACGAGAUUGACGGAGGAUAUGAUGAUGAGCCACCAGAGCCCGAGCUUGAUGAGGGUGUAGAGGAAGAAGGUGAGAAUGAAAACAACGAAGAUGCUCCUGACCCUCUUUUAGGUGAAAAUGAAGACAAACAAGAACAAGAAGCAGUAGAACGACCUCGGAAAACGUCAAAAUAUAUGACAAAAUAUGAGCGUGCAAGAAUCCUGGGUACCCGUGCCCUGCAGAUCAGCAUGAAUGCACCUGUUAUGGUUGAGUUGGAGGGUGAAACUGACCCACUUGAGAUUGCCAUGAAGGAGCUCCGACAGCGGAAGAUACCCUUCACCAUUCGCCGCUACCUGCCUGAUGGAAGUUAUGAAGACUGGGGAGUUGAUGAAUUAAUUGUGGAAGAUUCGUGGAAGAGACAAGUGGGAGGUGAUUAAAACGCGUUGGGUUAUUCGGGGUAUUGAAGUUUAUGUUUGUUCUGGGUUUGUAGCUUCUCAGCACUGAACCUAUAUCAAUGGUGUGUACAAUGAAAAACCUAGCAUAAUCUCAUUGGCUAAGUUCAUCUACAUUCUGUGUUGUAAUUAUACAUGGAUAUGCUUUGUUGCAGUUAAUGACAUUUCCUGUGUUAAACUUUCAAGAAA